AGCAACACCAAUCAAAGUGCAAGAUUAUUAUCUGAGAUGGAAAUUUCACCACCAAAUACUGAGUUCCUGUUUUUCAGUUUUGCAAUACUAUUUCCACAAUAACUGGCCAUGCCUUUUUUUUUUAUGAAAAGAAACAAGAAUGUAUAACCUUUUAAUGGAGACAGGAAGAUUAAAAACAAUGACAAAAAUCAUCUAAAGUUACAACCAAAUACACCAAUCUCUAUUCUAAUAAGAAAAUGACAAGGUCUUUGACCUAUUUAGCCUUAAAGUUUCACUGUCAUUAGUUUUUUUAAUUUUUCAUUGAGUUUCAAAUAUGAGUUAUAUAUCAUAUAGUAUUUUAAGGUUCACAUUAACCGAAUUAAAUGUUAUGUUAUCCAGGUCAGCUUUGUACUUCAUUUCAUGCUACUUCACAAGGAAAUGCUCCCAAGGGGAUUCCCGAGACAUUUUGCAUCUUAGAAAAGGCCUCCUGAAAGUAGUUUUGGGUCAUCUUGAGUGGCAGCCUACACAAGAAGGAUCUUGGAAGCAUGAAGCAUAUUUGUUGUUUCCAGUUCAUUUGGAUGGAACAUUGUUGGACAAUGCAAACACUAUGAAAGCUAAAAAGGAGUUAUUCUCAACCACCGAUGUUCUUCAUAUAUUUCGACAAGAAUGGGCAUCUGAGCAUUGUUCAGCACCUUUUCGAGCUCCUGAGUUGUGGGAUUGUCCAAGUAAUGCAGAUAUCGAUGAGAGAGCUGAUAUUUGGUCAUUAGGAUGCACUUUAUAUGCGAUAAUGUGA